CCAGGAACCAUGAACCAGCAGUGUCGCGUCUGUGGCGAACCGGCUGCCGGCUUCCACUUCGGGGCGUUCACGUGCGAGGGAUGCAAGUCGUUCUUCGGGCGGACGUACAACAACGUGUCGUCUCUGGGCGAGUGCAAGAACGGCGGCCGCUGCGUCAUCAACAAGAAGAACCGCACAGCCUGCAAGGCCUGCCGCCUGCGCAAGUGCCUGCUCGUGGGCAUGUCCAAGAGCGGCUCCAGGUACGGCCGUCGCUCCAACUGGUUCAAGAUCCACUGCCUGCUGGAGGACCGGCGUUCGUCCGCGGCAGGCGAGCUGGGCGUGUCGGGCGGCUCUGAGUGCUGGAGCGGGCCUGGCACCAGCGACGACGAGGGCGACGCCAUCGACGUGUGCGGCCCCCCGGAGGUGCCUCGGGGGUCGCCGCCCCCCGCCCGGACCUCGCCCGCGCUGAGCAGCCCCGACUCGCACGCGUCCGACAACUCCGUGGAGGCGUCCCUCUACGGCGAGGGCGGAGGGCGCCACCUGCCCUACCUCCCCCCGCUCUACCCCGGCUCAGCGUCCUCCCUCCCUCCCCCUUCUUCCCCUCGGCGGUGGCACCCCCCUCCCUACUCCCUCUACCCCUACUUCUCCCACACCGCCUGCUACGCCCUCCUACGACCUCCCUUCGACGCCCCCGCCAUUCGACGGUCCCCCGAGGUCAGCCUGAGGGUGGGUCGCGCCCACAGCCCGCCCGCAGGCGCUGGACACGUCAGGGCGCCCGCAAAGCGACCGGCCGAGUGCCCGGCGCCCCUCCCGCUGGCCAAGAGGCUGCGCCUUCUGGAGGAGAGGAACGCCGCCGACGAGGCGCACCGCCGCCUGGCGCUCCCGCCGCUGCAGCGCCGCCCCGACGUCUCCGUCUCCGUGUCGGUGUCCGUGAGGAAGGAGGCGGCGCUCGCCGUGCCCGUCGGGCUCGCCUCCAAGGCCGCGGCGCCUCCGUCGGACGUGCCGAUGGACCUGUCGGUGCGAUCCAGCGCCGCGUCGCCCCCCGACGCCGGAGCCGACCACGCCAUCCUGGACUUGUCCCUCAAGUCCCGACAGGAGCCGAAGGAGGAGGACAAGGCCGAGUCCGCGAAGCCCGAGAAGGAGACCGCCCUGGAGGCCCCGGAGCGGCCGACGGCUUCCGCCCCGGGGUGGCGUCAUGUCACGAAGACGCCCGACGCCGUGAGCGCAUGUCGCAGCGUCGUAGACACCAGUGUACACAUUAGCGAAUAA